AUGCAUGCCCGACUUGAUCUUUCGCGGAGUGGUCACGGCAAGCAGAGCCUGGAGAAGCUGCUUGGCAUCGGCAGACGGCUUGAUGCCGUCGACUUCGUCGCCUUCAUGCUGUUGUUUGAAGACCUGACCCGCAACAGCUUAUUCCGAAGAGGGCAGGUGUUCCAAUCGAACUCCAGCGACUUAUGGAAGGUGCAAAGAACAGCCAAGGAUUCCUUGAAUGAUUUGGAUCAGGGGCAACGUGACGUGCGAGAACUUCAGCGUCUCGUGUCAGUGACCAUGCUCUUGAAGGGCUACUUGUCCGUUCAGGACAUACAGAACUUCAUGCUGGUCAACCUGAUCUCGCCACUCGGCCGGCGGUGGCGUCUUUUCCUUGGCAGUGCCGGUUCUCUGCUUCUCAAAGCGGAGUUUCAAUCCGUGGCUUUGCAGCUUCCGGUGACAGCAAGCACGCACACUCGCUUGCUGCAACGACGUGACGAAGCUCCGCUCGUCACCAAAGUCGUCAAGUGGGGUUCCCGUGACCGCAAGAAGCGCUUGAAGCUCGCACGGUGGGUGGCCAGGUCCUUGAUCCCCCGGGAGGCCUUUGGGCACGUGGAAGACAUUGCAGACACGGCGCCGCGCUGGGUGGAGCAGACAAUUACAAAGGAUCCGGCUGGAAUGCAAGGAGUGUUAGGUCUUUACAACCGCUCCCCGCUCUUUGGACCGCUCUGCGUUGUGUCUUCCCGGACGCCGCACAUUCACAAAUGUGUGGUGAUGGCUCUGGUUGCGAUGAGGCAACUCAUUGUCAGCAUCCUGCGGGAGUACCGGGACUAUUUUGGCCCAGUCGGCAUUAGCACACUGACAACAGACCUGCAGAACGCAAUGUGUUUGGCGUGGGCAUGGGACCUUAUUCUGGAGAAGGCGGAGGUGUCCAUCGAACAGGUGUACGCUUUUCAGUACAUCGUGAACAGAUUCAGGCAGCCUCUCAGUCUGUGUCAGUGGCCGGAUCCGGCGGAGUUUCCAUAUGUGCAGCGGCGGUGGGACACUGACGGCCUGCUUGAGUUGCAGUACAUGGUUCUCUGCCACAAUGUGCUGUCGUUGUCAUUGUCUCCGCACUGGCAUCGGCUUUGGUAUCCAGUGAACAAGGUCACCGUCAGUUUGGCACGGCCACAUGGUGCCAUUCUGGCAGCUUUUCAGCCACUCUGGAAAAAAAAGGGCUGGCCAAAGGACCUGGACAGGUGUGUGGCCCACGUCAUUGGGUCAUACCUGGUGAGGCGGCCUCAAGGUGUCAUUGUCACUCUGGGGGCCUUCCAGCCACUUUGGAAGCAAUGUGGUUGGCCUGGCGAUGUGCAAAAGGCCGUUGCCCGCAGGAUUGGGAAGUUCAUGAUGACGCCAGCUGCGAAAGCUUUCCAGUGCUCCAUCACAUUCCUGCGGCGUGUUGGCUUCGGGUCUGCUGAGCGUGGCUUACGGCGUCGGGCUGGUGCAUAUGCAGGGGAGCGCUUUGCUACGCUGGCCAAGAACUUUCCAGGAUCGCGAUCAGAUCUGGCCGGCCAUCUGGUGGAGGUCAAGGAGUGGUUGGGAGAAGUGGAUGUAUCCGCUGUUUCGGGUGCCAUCGACCUGUGCCCAGAGCUGCAUGCCGCCAGAGAGGUGCAUGUGCAGGUCUUUCAGCGUCGGCAGUUGUAUGCCUGGCAUGCAGCCCUCGUGCAUCACAUGUCCAGGGCACACGCUUGUGCUGAGAGCUUCUGUGAACGUUGCGGUUCCUUUUUGCACCAACUGCUUCUUGGGCUGCACAGAACAGCUUCGGUGGAGGAGCAGUAUGUUCUGGUUAUGGUCAUUCUAGUGUUCGACACGGAUGCUGCCAUUUCGCCAGCCAGGGCGGUUCACAGGUUACAUCUCAAGGAGUCGCGGGUCCAGUGCUUGGGCAGUGCCCGUGACGAGGCGGUGAUCGAUGAGGUCGUUCGCAUCCUCCUUGAAGAUCUCAAGAAGAAGCCGAUCUUGAGCUCAAGGUCAGUCCGGCGCCGGCUGAAUAGCGGCGGCCCAGCGUCUUCCACGUAUGCCGUGGGGGAACGACGGCGAAAAGCUGCUGAUGCCAUCAGUGCUACAGGCAUCAAGUUUGUUAGCCGCAAGAACAAGGGCCACGAUGGUGCCAUUUUGGAGGCCGCAGAUCGGGCCACUGUGGAUGCUGGCAUGUUGGCACAGGCUUCCAGUGCCAGGCCAAUGGAAUGGAACACGAGUACAGUGUCAUUGUUCAACAGUCUAUUGACUGCGCGCCCCGGUGGUGGCAAAAUGUUGCUGGCAGCGCUGCCAGUGUUCAAUAAGGAAGUGAAGCACGGCAAGAACGAAGCCAGGAGUGUCGUGAACGAGCGCAUGGCGGAGUGGCUGACUUCCGAGGAUGCCAAAGAGUGGCGUUGGAACAUCGUGCUGGUGUCCCUCGUCCUCGAAAGGCGUGGGUCUUGGAGUGUCGCCGCGGGUUGGAACAUCGUGCUGGUGUCCCUCGUCCUCGAAAGGCGUGGGUCUUGGAGUGUCGCCACGGGUUGGAACAUCGUGCUGGUGUCCCUCGUCCUCGAAAGGCAUGGGUCUUGGAGUGUUGGGAACAUCGUGCUGGUGUCCCUCGUCCUCGAAAGGCAUGGGUCUUGGAGUGUGGCCACGGGUCAGAAGUCCUGUCUUCAAGAGGACGAAUUCACCGAGCUGAGACUCGAGUCGGAGACAACAACAUUGAGUCUGUCGCCAUUGACAGGGUCGCGCUUCGAGCAGCCCUGUGAAGGCAAGGGCAACCUCUUCUUCGUGUCCGCGCUGGACGUCUCCAACAUGUGCUUCGCAUGGCGAGACAACCAGAUGAAGUUCCAAUUUUGUGACGGGGAUUUGACUUCCAUGGAUGCUGCCGAUGCUUCCGAAGUUGAUGCUUCGGACCCAGAGGUGGUUGAGGAUGCGACAGACGCACUCGAGGAUGGUGCAACCAUUGCUGGAUCCUCACAGGAGGUUCUACCAGGCGACAUGCAGACUUCCGUGUCUGAUAUUGCUGACCCAGAAGUCGUUGGAGAUGCGACGGACACAGCGGAGCUCGAGGGAGGUUCAAGUGAUGUUGGAUCUUCAUCGGAGGUUCUGUCCGGCGACAUGCAGACUUCUGUGUCUGAUGAUGCGGACCCAGAAGUCGUUGAAGAUGCGACAGACACAGCGGACCUCGAGGGAGGUUCAAGUGAUGUUGGAUCUUCGUCGGAGGUUUUGCCAGGCGACAUGCAGACUGAUGAUGCGGACCCAGAAGUCGUUGAAGAUGCGACAGACACAGCGGACCUCGAGGGAGGUUCAAGUGAUGUUGGAUCUUCGUCGGAGGUUUUGCCAGGCGACAUGCAGACUGAUGAUGCGGACCCAGAAGUCGUUGAAGAUGCGACAGACACAGCGGACCUCGAGGGAGGUUCAAGUGAUGUUGGAUCUUCGUCGGAGGUUUUGCCAGGCGACAUGCAGACUGAUGAUGCGGACCCAGAAGUCGUUGGAGAUGCGACGGACACAGCGGAGCUCGAGGGAGGUUCAAGUGAUGUUGGAUCUUCAUCGGAGGUUCUGCCAGGCGACAUGCAGACCUGGGUGUCUGCUCGCCCAGACUCAGAGGUCGUUGGGGAUGCGACAGACACGGCGGAGCUUGAGGAUGCCGCAGUGGAUGCUGGAUCUUCAUCGGAGGUUCUGCCAGGCGACAUGCAUACCUGGGUGUCUGGUGACUCAGAAGCUGUUUUGCCCCACGAACUUCACGCUGGUUCCAGUGACGAGGUGUCUGAUGUUGGCAGCGUCCCACUGGACUGUACCGGCCGGCCGGAGAUGUGGGACUCACAGAAACGCGGUUGGUGCUGUGGCAUUCCUGGCAUCCACUGCGGGAGCACCGUCGUGGUCCAUCACCAUGUGAUUGUACCCUAUCAUUGCGAUGCUGGCUACUCCCAUUGGUCAAACGCUUGGAGCAGUGCCAAGCAGGACUUCUGUUGCCAACAUGCUGGUCGAGGUUGUCAGGCGUACCAUUGUCGAGAAGGCUUUGAGACCUCGUACAACACUUGGUCUUCCUCUAAACGGGCAUAUUGCUGUGCGAAUUUCCAGAUGGGGUGUAAAGUCAUGAACUACGACUGCUCAGCUGACCUGUCUCACUGGCAGCACAAGUGGACGGAGCACAAGAAGUCUUGGUGCUGCAAGACUGUGGGCAAGGGAUGCCCAAAGACUUACAGUUGCACGACCAGUGCAGUGAACAAGCCAAGCACCUGGGCUCAGGACAGACAGGAUUGGUGUUGCCUCCAGUACGGCGUGGGCUGCCCACACUACUCUGCCCCGUACGAGUGCAAGGGUGGCACUGCCGACCUGCUUGGGUGGUCGGAAGGCCGGCGAGACUGGUGCUGCAAGCACUAUCAUCGCGGCUGCGCGAAGGAUGUUGUGACAAAGCCGUUCGAUUGUUCUGCUGGACUCGCUGGUUCGAAGACGCUCUGGUCCAAGAGCAAAAAGGAAUGGUGCUGUCACCAUGAGAAGCGUGGCUGCGCCGACUCUGUUUUGGGCGGGAGUUUUGACUGCGACGAGGGCUUCGACAACUGGCAGAGGGGCUGGUCCCCAUCGAAGCAACGGUGGUGCUGCGCACAGGAAAGCAAAGGUUGUACGGAGCAUUUCACCUGCGAGCGAUCGAAAGAAGACGAGUGGUCCGAAGCCGAGCGGGGCUACUGCUGCGAGCAUUUCCACUACGGCUGCAGGAUGGAGCCGGCCGCAGCGAAGGUCUUCGAUUGCAAAGCGGGCUACGAGGAUUGGGAGCAUCUUUGGACUCCUGCGAAGCAGGAAUGGUGCUGCAACGGCUACGGACGUGGUUGUCCCGUCUCUGAGCCUUUUGACUGCCAAGCUGGCCUGUCCAACUGGCAUGCCGGCUGGUCUGACAAAAAGAAGGAUUACUGCUGUCACAAGCAUGAGCUUGGAUGCGAAAAUGAUGAAGGUGAGCCCAUAGGGUCCGUGGACCCUAUGGACUGGACAACGGACCAUGUGGUGCUGGGUACGGUGGAGCACAUACAUGCAGAGCCUUAUGACUGCGCCGCUGGCUUCGACAACUGGCAUCGGGGUUGGUCCAGGCAUAAGAAAGGAUACUGCUGCGACAAAUACCAGCUCGGAUGCUCGCAUGGCUAUAUGGGUGGACUUGGCUUGCACGAUCUGCAUGCCACGCCUGGUCGUGUGUCAGUCACGACAGUGCACCACCACCACAUCCACGUGCACAGCUAG